AUGAGAACAAUACUGACGGGCUUGCGACGGCUCUCUCAUCAUCCAGCCCAAAGCGUCUUUCGAAGUUCAUCUCACCCUGAAUCGCCGGAAGCCAUAAUUUUAACGGAAGUGAAUGCUUUUUGUGAAUCUGGAGGACCCAACAACACGGGAGAUGAAUUCCUUCACUUACCGGCUAUCGUCGAGGCUGCGGAAUCAAGCCCCAACGCCGCAAAGGAGGCUGCCAACCUGAUCCGUCAUGUUCUAUCCAAUCCAAGCAGCAAAAAAGGCUACAGGCAGUACAAUGCCGUCAUGCUCAUCCGAAUCCUGGUCGAUAACCCAGGCGAGACCUUCUCCCGCAACUUCGAUGCCAAGUUCGUGUCGAUCAUUAGAGAUCUGUUGCGCGACGGGCGGGACAUGAGCGUGCAACAGGUCCUAAGAGAGACUCUUGAAUAUCUCGCAGUGCAGAAGUCGAAUGACCCUCAUCUAGCUCCAUUGGUGCAGAUGUGGAAGAAGGAGAAGGAGAAAUUUGAGAGGACAACGGGAGUUAGCGCUGGACCAUGGGUUCAACCUCAGAUUGCAGGCCAGCAUGACAAUUUCGUCACCCACCCGCAUCGAAACGGAGUCCUCCCGACACCUGACGAGCUCUCCGCCAGAAUAUCAGAAGCAAAUACCUCUGCAUCAUUACUACUUCAACUAGUCCAGUCCACGCCAUCAACAGAGUUCUACAAGAAUGACCUUCUAAGGGAAUUCUCGCAGCGCUGCCAGGCCGCAGCCAGAUCUAUCCAGGAAUACAUCAACGCAUCCAAUCCCGCACCGGACGAAGAUACCAUGCUCACCCUGAUCGAAACGAAUGAUAAACUGGCCGUAGCAUUGUCGAAAUAUCAGCGUGCAGCUCUGGUUGCUAGGAAGCACACGAGCAGAAUGCAACCCAACCCCAAUGACCCGAAUGCCACCCUGCAGCAGCCAGAGCAGCCAGAGACGCAGCAGCCUCAUCCCCAACCCCUACCUCCGCCUGACCAGGUACGGAAUACAGAUGCACAAACCGCCAAACGAUCCGGGCCCCUCUUCUCUAUGUCUCUCAGGAACCUGAGCAAGUACCUCCCAGACAAACAUCCCCAAACUGACCAUCAAUCCCAAUAUCAACAACCACACCACCCUUCACAAACCCCACAAACCCCGCCAUCAAACCUCAGCCGCAUCGCCACAACAAAAACAACCCCGCCCUCUGCCGUCUCCCCCGUAAACACUACCCCACCCCAACCCCCCUUCUCCUCCACCGCCCCAACAAGCAAAGGCUAUCGCCCGUCCCCACCACCAAAUACAACCCCCUCAAACCCAACCUACCAAUACAACUCCAGCGACUUCCAGGUUGAAAACCCCUUCGCAGACACACACAGCAGCUCCCACUUUGACAAUAAUAGCGAUAACGGGAGCCAUCAUGGUACUCGCACCUGGGACACCUCUAGGACUAGAAAUUUAGGCGCAGAUACCCAGCCCAUAACGAGCAGCACCUACUACCCCAAUACAGGCGAUGGCUUGCCUGACAGUAACAUGGCCGCGGCGAGGGGGCCGGAUUCAGUGCCCGGGACGUUGACGGGGGCGGAGGCGCGGACGUUGAGUGCGACGGAGAGGUUUUAUGGGGCUCUGGCGGGGCGGAAGGGAUGA